AUGCGAUUGUGCAGAGAUUUCAUGGAUGCUACUAGAUUCAAAAGGAUUCUUAAACCAUUCCUGGUUCCCAGAAUUGUGGAUACACCGCAGCAUCGGCAAGUUGGCGAGUAUAUUCACAACUACUUCAUCAAGUUGAAGUGGACGACCGAAUGGGAUCAGUUUGAGCAAAACACUCCAUAUGGCCGUAAAACCUUUAGAAAUCUUAUUGUAACAAGUGAUCCGAGAUCGCCGCGUCGUUUAGUUUUAGCCUGUCACUACGAUUCGAAAAUCUUACCAGGGAAAGUGAUGAUUGCCGCAACGGAUUCAGCCGUACCAUGCGCUAUGAUGAUGGACAUUGCUAGAACUCUUACUCCUUAUAUGUACAAAAGGGUGGCCGCGGUGAGUUUUUCCCGAACUUCUUUUUUUACAAGAGAUGUUGUUGGAAUUCCGGGGGCAAAAAGAAAGUUAAAAUUUUUUAAAGGGGAUGUCGCACUUCAGUUGAUUUUCUUUGAUGGAGAAGAGGCCUUUGUUGAAUGGACGCCUACUGAUUCCCUAUACGGUUCCAGACACUUAGCGAAGAAAUGGGAAGCAAAGUGGUAUCCAACAACAACUGGUACAAAUUUCGAGCUGAGCAGGGAAAUUGAUAGAAUUGUGAGUUGUGAACCGAGUUUUUGCCUUGAAAUUAAAUUUUUAAAGUUUUUCAUUUUUUCCUCAAGUAAGCGUUUACAGGAUGUCAUGAUGCUCUUGGAUCUCAUUGGAGCACGGAAUCCCAAAUUUCACAAUACUGUAGGAUUAGGCGCCAAUCAGCUUUUCGCGCAUCUUCCUGCCAUAGAGGCUUCUGAUCUUUUAUAUUUUCAGGAUGUCGCACUUCAGUUGAUUUUCUUUGAUGGAGAAGAGGCCUUCGUUGAAUGGACGCCUACUGAUUCCCUCUACGGUUCCAGACACUUAGCGAAGAAAUGGGAAGCAAAGUGGUAUCCAACGACAACUGGUACAAAUUUCGAGCUGAGCAGGGAAAUUGAUAGAAUCGAUGUCAUGAUGCUCUUGGAUCUCAUUGGAGCGCGAAAUCCCAAAUUUCACAAUACUGUAGGACUAGGCGCCAAUCAGCUCUUCGCGCAUCUUCCUGCCAUAGAAGCUGAUCUGCGCAAUAUUGGCUGUCUCGGUCAAGUCCCCAAUGUUUUUAACCCUCAACUGUCCUAUCAGUCAAUCGAAGACGAUCACAUCCCAUUUAUGAACAGAGGUAUACCCAUUCUUCACCUGAUUUCCGUACCAUUUCCACAUGUUUGGCAUACAGACGCCGAUAACGAAAGCGUUUUACAUUAUCCAACAAUAUAUCAUAUAACCUCAGUCCUUAGGGUAUUUGUAGCGAAAUAUCUAGGAAUAGCCCCAUUAUGA